AUGUGGGUAAAUGCAGGGAUUAAAACACAGGUUGACUUUGACAAAUGGUGCAAACGACGGCUUCCAAGUACAAACCAUUUUGUGCCUGUUUUCAACCAGUCUUCAAUCACAGAGUCAACCAUAUCACCAGCCAGGCCAUCAACAGAACAACCUCAAUCAUCACCUAAAUCACCUAUGAAGGAACAGAGAAACUAUAUUGGUGCAUUAAUGGCAGGAAUAAAUCCAACAUCACAGUUGAAUGCCAAAACUGAUGAUGAACAAACAAUUUACGAACCUGCCAAAGAUACAGUAUGUCUGCUGACGCGAAGAGAGAUGCUCGAGAAAUUGGUGUAUCACAAUACCAUUAGAGAGACUUACCUUUGGCAAGACUGGUCCAUCUCCCACACUUGGUUGAUAAAUAUUUUGCAGAAAGAACCAAAUUUUCCGACACAAGUAGCUCCAACUAUCUACCUCACAAGAGACAAUAAUAAAAGCCUCACAAAAUAUUUCUCUCGCACUGGAUGUGUAGGCCCUGUAAAAGCAGGUGGAUCAUUUAAUAUUUCAACAAAAGAAUUACUUAACAAAAACUAUUAUGUGCAGUUGAAAAUUACAUUCUCAAAGAAUCGGCGCAUUUGCACACAUCACAAAAGUAUAACCUAUGGCCAGACACGUGGACUUUCUAAGCAACUUCUCAAACCAGAAACAACCCUUCCACGACAAAUGCAAACAACCACUUUGGCUAAGUUGAUGCCAGAAAGAAUACUCACAGGAAAUUGGCAACACGUACCAAGUGCAAAGGCUGCCAAACAGCUGCGUUACUCCAUAAAUCCAAGCAAAGACUAUAGUAUUGCAGAACGUUUCAUAAGUGCAAUACAAAAAAUAAAUGAAAAGGAAAAAGCGGAUUUUAUCAAAAAGAAUGGAAAUGAUGCAGCACAGAAUAGACAGCUCACUGGACAUAUACAAGUACCCUUACAAGUUGAUCCACUUGCGAAACCCACGGAGCCUAAAGAAAAAACCAAGAAAGUUUUAAACGCUAUGAUAACAUUACCUUCCGGUGAUUCCAGAGUCAACGGAGUGGCACCUCCAGUAUUGGCAGCUGAGUUUAUCACAACAGAUCUAUCAGCUGAAUUUUUAGCAACAGCGUUACAUUAUUUCCGUCGAAAAGAGUAUGACAUAUUCCGGUCAAACGUCGUACCAUACCUAAUACAAUCCGACUGCGCACAAGGAAUACUUCUUACGGAGUAUAACAAUGAGACUUUGGAAGAAUAUCUUCAAAGACUGAUGAUGGAUGCCAUGUCGAAUAAAGAAUCGGACCAUACAAAGGUGAUCAUUGCAUGGUGUUAUGGUCACUGCACAAGGGCAAUCCGAUCACAUAUACAUAGCAGUAACUUUCGUUGUAGAGAAAAUGUCAGCAAAAAAAAUCUCCAAAUUGCUGCACGAAGGAUUUUUGAACGCGUAAGGACACAAACAUUACCUGAAGCUGAACAAGAAGCUAAAUUGUGGGACUGGCUGUUAGGAACUGAACAGCUUGACCUAACAAUAAAUCAAAUCGAUCUAAAUAUGGGAGCCCCUCUCUUAACCCGAACCAGAUGUUCAUCGAGUGGAAAUAACAUAAUUAUGUUAUUUCCACUUAGUCUAG